AUGUCGGUACCAUCUUCUCCUGUUCCGAAUAGACAUUCUCACCUCACCGAAGAGGAUGCCUCUACCACCAUGCUCACAAUAUCAUCUCCCGAGAGAUCGAACGAAAUUUCUUGUCAAUUUCUCCAGCAACAACCAUUAAUGUUUCAACAAACAUUAAAUUCGAAAUCUUCUAUACAUCAAAACGUCAAACCGUCAUCACCAUCGGAACAAAACAAAUUUAAUUUACCUGGAGAAUUAAUUACUCUCAUUCAAACAUUUUUAACCAAUAAUGGAAAACAAAAAUCUCGAUUUAUUAGUUUCGAUUGGAAUUUAAAUUAUUAUAAUUCGGUCACUCAUUUGAAAAUGUCCAAACGGAUGAAUUCUCGAAUUGAUGUCAUUGAUUUUUUGAAAAUGUUUUCUCGAUUGCAAUAUGUGACUGGAAAUGUAAAUUUGCAAUUGGAACAUGUAUUAUUAUUAUCAAGUCCUGAUUUGAGACAUGUCGAUGGAUUAUUUAUCGAUUCCAUUCCUCAAUUGUAUAGUUUAAUUCGAGCCUUUCCAAAGUAUGAAACAGUGGCACUUUGUUACGAUAUAUUUAGAAAGACAGACAUGUUAGAGACGCAAUUACCACAAUUUGUGACACGAUUUAUGAAAGAGACCUUACGAACACUCAUUCUUCACAAUGUCUAUGUGACACACAAAGAUUUAUUGUAUAUUUUUGAAAAAUGUCCCAAUUUAUCAUGCCUCGAUUUGCACAGUAAUUUGGAUAUGAGAUAUAUGGAUAAUUUCACGGAAAGAAGUGAAAAGAGACCUCCAUUUUUUAAUUUGAAACAAUUGCCAAAAGGUCGUCUCACUUCUUUGUCACUACAAGGAAAGAAAUUUGAAGGCAUUGAAGAAUGCAUUGACCAUUCACAGCAGUCACUCCAAGAAUUGACCUUACAAUGUGGAGGAUCUCUCAUGAGUGAAUUGUUGGGGAAAAUUUCGACCUCCAGCUUUCCAAAUUUGAGGAUUUUGAAAAUUCAAGGAAGUGAUUUACUCAACGAUGAUGCCGCAAGUAUGAGUUGGAUUAAUCUUUACAAGGCAUGUCCUCGUUUGGAAUAUUUGUCCAUAACGAAAGCAUUUAGACAGAGUGAAUGUGAAGCCAUCAUCACAUCAUGUCCUUACAUUCAAAGAAUUGAAGUUGAUGGAUUUGAAAAUGAUGCAUGUUUGGAUUUGUGUCGAACCAUUGUCUAUUAA